UGAGGUGUAAAUAAUUUUUAUAGGAGUAAUAGAAGUUGCAUAAUUUGUAGCCUCAUACAUACAUACCUAAUGGCCUUACACUACACAUGGCUUUGAAUUUGAGCUCUGUCUUUGUGCAACCAAAAAGCUUUCUCAUUCCUUGUACACACAAACUUUAUUAUUCUUCCUUAAGAAGAGCUGCUCUUUCUGAACAAGGGGAUGGAAGAGUCACUAAGGAGGAAGAACUUCCCACUUAUUCUGGGUCAUUAUCUUCUGCUCGAACACAGCUAGAUCUCUUGGAACAGCUCACUUCCAGCAGUUCAGAAGUAAAUGGUUAUGAAAGUGAUAGUACCUCUGGUAAACCUACAAUUCGUGAUCAGCUUGCUAACUUGGUUGGAAGUCGAGAUGAUGAUUUCAGCAUUCCUUUGGGUAAGAAUCUGAAGAAGUUUAGCGCCAAGUUCUUAACUACCUCACAAAAGAGAAACAUCAAAAGACAAGCCUACCUGAAUGAAGUAUCUCGGAGGAAUGACUCAACUUUCUUUGCUACAAUUGGAGCAUUUGUCAUCCUUCCACCCCUUGUCAUUUUAGGAAUUGCACUAGCGACAGGUUACGUGCAGUUAUUUCCUUGACUUGUAUAAAUAUACACUGUUUCUAUUUCUAAUAUAGUGAAACUUUACAAGUUUGUCAGA